AUGGGGCGCGAAGACCAGAUUGAAGAGCGCGAGGUGCUCGAGUCCAUCUUUCCAGAUGAGAUCACAGACAUUUCUGAAACUGAAUUCAGAGUGUCAAUCGCUCUGGACAUCCCCGAUGAAGAAGACGAGGAACCCCCUACGAUGCUCCUCCAGGUCCGCUACCCAGACGAGUACCCCGAAAAGCCUCCCCACCUCGACAUCCUCGCCCCUCCCAACGCAACCCCCCACGAGCACUUCAAUGUCGCCGACGACCGCGACCAACUCCUCUCCAGCCUCGAAGAGACCAUCCAGGAGAAUCUUGGCAUGGCCAUGAUCUUCACCCUAGUCUCCAUGCUCAAGGAGACGGCCGAGCAGCUCGUUCAGGACCGCAAGGCCGCCGUCGAAAAGGCCCACGAGGAGGCCCUCCUCGCCGCCGAGGCCGAAGAGAACAAGAAGUUCCAUGGUACCGCCGUGACUCCCGAGACGUUCCUCAAGUGGCGCGAGGGCUUCCUCAAGGAGAUGGAGGAGCGGAGGCAGCGUGAGGAGGACGAGCGCCUCCAGGAGCUCAAGAAGGCCAAGGUCAAGGAGCCUGCUCGCUUGACGGGCAAGCAGCUCUGGGAGAGAGGUCUUGUUGGCAAGGGUGAAGGUGAAGAGGAGGAUGACGACAUGCCUGUCGAGGCUGUCGAGAAGCUCAAGGUCGAGGCGUAG